UUAUCAAUACAAUAUCCCUUCAACUUGAAUUGGCUCAUCUUUCUCUCUCUCUGCGUGUCAACAACUGGUUACCGGAACAUUCGCCCGGAACCCAAAAACUCCACACCAGUCUUCAUAACUGACCCUCUCAAAUUUCAAUCUUCGCGUCAUUUUCCAACCUGACUCUCUCUCUUCCCUCUCUUUCUCUCUCUAAAAAAAAAAAAAAAAACGUUUCACAUUUUGACUGCCAUUCUCUUCACUUCCUCCAAUCAAAGCAACCAAGCACCACUUCCCGUUGUAGAGCUAGCAUUAUUGCGGAGCUGAAGUUAGUGUUCGAUUUUUUGACAUGGAUGAGGAAAAUGCUGUUGAGCUACUGCAAAGAUACAGGCGGGACAGGCGGAUACUUCUUGAUUUUAUACUAUCCGGUAGCCUAAUAAAGAAAGUUGUGAUGCCACCUGGGGCAGUUACACUAGAUGAUGUGGAUCUGGAUCAAGUUAGCGUCGAUUAUGUUCUCAAUUGUGCUAAAAAAGGUGGAAUGCUUGAAUUAUCUGAAGCUAUUAGAGAUUAUCAUGAUCACACGGGGUUACCCCAGAUGGGAAGCACAGGUUAUGCCGGGGAAUUUUAUUUGGUUACGAGUCCUGAAUAUUCAGGAUCACCUCCAAAACGGGCACCACCACCUGUUCCUGCUUUCACACCACCUCCUGUUUACACACCAUCUCCUGUUUCCACACCAGCUCCCAUUACAACGCCACCUCCUGUUUAUGCAGCAUCACCGAUUGUGUCAAGUGUGUCAAGAUCGGAGUCUUUUAACUCCCAAGCUCAAGAACUAACUGUAGAUGACAUUGAAGAUUUUGAAGACGACGAUGAUGUUGAAGAGAUUAAUAGUCUUAGAGUUUCAAGAAGGAAUACAAAUGAUGCUUCUGAACUUGCGCUUAAAUUGCCUUCUUUUGCAACAGGAAUCACUGAUGAUGACCUCCGUGAAACUGCAUAUGAAGUCCUCUUGGCAUGUGCUGGGGCUACAGGAGGUCUCAUCAUACCAUCAAAGGAGAAAAAGAAAGAUAAAAAGUCUAGGUUGAUGAGGAAGCUUGGACGUAGUAAAAGUGAAAAUGUUGUGACGCAGUCACAGCGUGCACCUGGAUUGGUUGGUUUGUUGGAGACCAUGCGCGUCCAGAUGGAGAUAACUGAGGCAAUGGAUAUCAGAACAAGACAAGGGCUGCUUAAUGCUCUUGUGGGAAAAGUUGGAAAAAGAAUGGAUACCCUUUUGAUUCCUCUGGAAUUGUUAUGUUGUGUUUCGCGCACAGAAUUUUCUGACAAGAAGGCAUUCAUUCGCUGGCAGAAAAGGCAGUUAAAUAUUUUGGAGGAGGGGCUUACUAAUUACCCUGUUGUUGGAUUUGGCGAAUCUGGGCGCAAGUCGAAUGAGUUGAGAAUUCUUUUGGCAAAGAUUGAAGAAGCUGAGUCUCUUCCAUCUUCCACGGGUGAACUCCAACGAACAGAAUGCUUGAGAUCUCUCAGAGAGAUUGCCAUUCCACUUGCUGAGAGGCCGGCUCGCGGUGACUUAACUGGUGAAGUAUGUCACUGGGCUGAUGGUUAUCACCUAAAUGUUAGACUAUAUGAGAAACUGCUUCUCAGUGUCUUUGACAUGUUAGAUGAAGGAAAGCUGACAGAGGAAGUGGAAGAAAUUCUCGAACUCUUAAAGUCAACCUGGCGUGUUUUAGGAAUCACGGAGACCAUCCAUUGCACCUGCUAUGCAUGGGUAUUAUUUCGUCAGUAUGUUAUGACAAGUGAGCAAGGAAUCUUGCAACAUGCCAUGGAGCAGCUGACAAAAAUACCAUUGAAGGAACAACGGGGUCCACAAGAGAGGUCACACUUGAAUAGUUUGCAUUCCAAAUUUGAGCAAGGGGGCUUUCGGGAUUUGUCUUUCUUACAAUCCUUUUUAUCACCCAUCCAGAGAUGGGCUGAUAAGCAACUAGGAGACUACCACCUGCACUUUGCUGAGAGACCAGCGAUGAUGGGGAAUAUAGUUACAGUUGCAAUGGUUGCUCGGAGGCUUCUUUUGGAAGAACCUGCAGUUGCAAUGCAAUCUAUGUCCAUCACAGAUCGAGAUCAGAUAGAAUCAUAUAUAUUGUCAUCCAUUAAGAAUGCUUUUUCCAGGUUACUGCAUGCUGUUGAAAAAGCAGACCCAAUGCAUGGACAUCCUUUGGCAUUGCUUGCCGAUGAAACCAAGAAACUUCUGAAAAAGGAUUCAACCAUGUUCAUGCCAAUUCUUUCUCAAAGGCAUCCACAAGCAGCUGUUGUUUCAGCAUCACUUGUUCAUAAAUUGUAUGGGAACAAGUUGAAACCUUUUCUCGAUGGGGCUGAACAUUUGACCGAGGAUGUUGUAUCUGUAUUUCCAGCAGCUGAUAGCCUUGAGCAGUAUAUACUGGGUCUUAUAAUGUCUUCAUGUGAAGAGGAGACUGGAGGGGUCUACUGCAAGAAACUAAUUCCAUAUGAGAUUGAAUCUAUAUCUGGAACAUUGGUGAUGCGUUGGGUCAAUUCGCAGCUUGGAAGAGUUUUAGGUUGGGUUGAGCGAGCUAUUCAACAAGAGAGGUGGGACCCAAUAUCGCCUCAACAGCGGCACGGGAGUUCAAUUGUUGAAGUUUAUCGAAUUGUAGAGGAGACGGUUGAUCAAUUUUUUGCUCUUAAAGUUCCAAUGAGGUCUACAGAGAUGAAUAGCUUGUUUCGUGGCAUUGACAAUGCAUUUCAAAUGUAUGCGAAUCAUGUGGUUGACAACUUGGCUAGCAAGGAUGACUUAGUUCCACCUGUUCCUAUCCUUACACGAUACAAGAAGGAAGCAGUUGGAAUAAAGGCUUUUGUAAAAAAAGAAUUAUUUGACCCUAGGCUGCCAGAUGAGAGAAGAUCUAUUGAAAUAAAUGUCCUGACGACACCAACCCUCUGUGUUCAGUUAAACACUCUAUAUUAUGCAAUUAGUCAACUGAAUAAGUUGGAGGAUAGCAUUUGGGAGAGGUGGACAAAGAAAAUGCCCCGUGAAAAGUUUAUCAAGAAAUCCAUUAUCGAGAAAUCUAAAAGUUUCACUCAGAAGGACACAUUUGAUGGGAGUAGAAAAGAUAUAAAUGCUGCUAUUGACCGGAUUUGUGAAUUUACUGGAACUAAAAUAAUCUUCUGGGAUUUAAGGGAUCAGUUCAUCGAUAACUUGUAUAAACCCAGUGUUAGUCUCUCCAGGUUGGAAGCUCUAAUUGAACCACUUGAUGUGGAACUUAGUCAACUCUGUGAUAUAAUUGUGGAGGCUCUCAGGGAUCGCAUUGUGACAAGUCUGCUUCAAGCGUCACUUGAUGGCUUUCUUCGUGUUAUAUUAGAUGGAGGUCCAUCACGAGUUUUCUCCCCAGGCGAUGCAAAACUAUUAGAAGAAGAUUUGGAAGUCUUAAAGGAAUUUUUCAUUUCUGGGGGAGAUGGGCUUCCUCGAGGAGUGGUAGAAAAUCAGGUGGCACGUGUUCGGCAUGUAAUAAAGUUGCAUGGCCAUGAGACUCGAGAAUUGAUUGAGGACUUGAAAUCUACCAGCGGCCUGCAAAUGCAGGAUGGCAGAAGCAGAUUAGGAGCAGAUUCAAAGACUCUAUUGAGAAUAUUAUGUCACAGAAGUGAUUCGGAGGCCUCUCAGUUCCUCAAGAAACAAUACAAACUACCUAAAUCUUCUGCGUAGGUAAUCCCUGUAUCGCACAAAAAUGGACACAAGGAAAGUUAAGGCAACAUAAAUGUGUAGUUUUAGCAACUUGCUUAUGUAAAUAUGAUGUCAUUACUUCUAAGAGAAAACCAUGGUAGUUAAUUUUCUUGUUGUAUGUAUUUUUUAUUUAAUUCAUUGUUUAUUUUCUUGUAUGUGUAACAACUACUUUUUGAUUUAGCUGGUACUGUUAUAUGUUAGUUGAACUCUGUAACUGGUUCAUUCAAACUCUAGUUUCAAUGUCAUCGACACUUUAGUUGCUGAGAAAAUAAAGAAGAGGAAUGUAAGCAUGCAA